CAUUGUUAAUCAAAUUUUAAAUUUUACUUUCCAUUAAUUAUUGACUAAUGCUUAUACAGGAUCUUGAACCUGAUAUUUACACAGUGGUUAUAACAACAAUCAUGAUCACAAAUAGUAUUGUGCAUUUGAUGGUGAAACGUUUGUAUGAUCCUUCAAGGAAAUAUGUUGGAUACCAAAAAAGGAACAUUUUUAAUUUAAAACCAGACUCGAAUCUUCGGAUACUAGUUUGCAUUCAUAAACAAUAUCACACAAUCCCUAUCAUAAGGGCUCUUGAUCUAUGUACCCCUACACCAGAAUAUCCUACCACCGUGGAUGUUUUGCAUCUAAUUGAACUAGUAGGUCGUUCUUCCCCUAUUUUUGUUUCUCACAAGAUGAAAAAAGGUGUUCUCUCUCACACACGAAACUCCUACUCAGAGAAUGUCAUCCUUUCUUUCAAAAUCUAUGAAGAUGAAAAAAAGGGUGCAACAACAAUAAACCCCUAUACAGCCAUAUCUCCACCUACGUUGAUGCAUGAAGAUGUGUGUUUCCUUGCAUUAGAUAAAGUUGCAUCAAUUAUCAUUCUUCCUUUUCAUCGAAAAUGGUCCAUUAAUGGUAAAAUUGAGCAUGAGGAUAAGACAAUAAGGUCAUUAAAUUGUAAGGUCAUGGAAAAGGCUCCAUGCUCAGUUGGAAUAUUAGUGAGUCGUUUUGUUCAUCAAAGAGAUUCACCACUUCGAUUAGCCAUGAUAUUUUUGGGUGGAAAUGAUGAUAGAGAGGCUUUGUGCUUAGCCAACCGAGCAGCCAAAGACUCUAGUGUUAACCUUGUGGUAUAUCACAUUACAACCAAUAACAAGGAUGAAAUCCAAGACGUGGACACUAUGCUUGAUCAUGCGAUGUUGAAAGACGCUAAGAAAGAAUGCUCUAAUUUGAAAACUGUUAUUCAUAAGGAAAUAAUAGUAGAGGAUGGAGCCCAAAUAUCUUCUAUUCUUCGUCAAAUGAUAGAUGAACAUGAUUUUUUUAUAGUAGGGAGACGUCAUGGCAUUGUCUGUCCUCAAACAAAAGGACUUCAAGGAUGGAGUGAGUUUUCAGAGUUAGGUCUCAUAGGUGAUUUUCUUGCUUCUACAGAUCUAGAAUGCAAAUCUUCUGUUUUGGUAGUGCAACAACAACAAUUGUUCCAUUAAUGAAAAGGUAU